UGGCGCGCUGGGAGUUGGGUUGGUUGGCUACAGCCCUCCAGCCCUGUAAAAACUGCAACCCCGGGCGCCGCGGGCAGCACCCACGGAGACCCGCGGGGAGCUGCUGCAGCUCCUGGCAGCGGGUCAGGCCGGCAUUGCCCAGCGCACCCGCGAACACCAGGUCCGGCAGCAUCUGUCUCUUCCCGCAGCGUGCAGCGCCCAACCAUGAGGAACACCAGCAAGGAACUGCAGGGCGCCACGCACCGCUACGCUCCCUGCGAUUGGUAUUACCAUGUCCCAGUGAAGCGCUCUGAGAAGGCCGUGGAUGCCCCGCCAGCGUCCCAGAUCCCAGGUCUCAGCAAUUUGGGAGACUCACACAGCGGGAACUUGCCUGGGACUCGGAGACACUGGAUAAAAGAAACAGAUUCUGAAUAUGUGAAGCUCGCGAAACAAGGCGGCAGGCCCGAUUUGUUGAAGCACUUUGCCCCUGGGACCAGGAAAGGCUCCCCGGUGACCUACUCCCUGCCAGACUGGUAUAUCCACCACAGCAAGCCACCGACAGCCAGCCAGCGAGAAGUCCCAGUCAUCUCCAUGCCGGAUUACAUGGUUCAUGAAGAAUUUAACCCCGAUCAGGCCAACGGUAGCUAUGCAUCCAGAAGAGGGCCCUUCGACUUCGACAUGAAAACAUUUUGGCAAAGAGAGGCUGAGGAACUUGAAAAGGAGAAAAAAAAGCUGAGGCUACCAGCCAUUAACUCAAAGUAUCUGAGCAAAGCAGGCACCCCACUUGGCCCUAAGGACCCCACAGGAAGUAGACUCUCCUUUCCCCCCAUGCCUGGUCAAAAAAAGAGUUCACCAACCAAUUUUUCCAAACUCAUUAGCAAUGGUUAUAAGAAUGAGUGGCUGCAGCAGCAGCGAACUGACUCAGACCAGAGGACCCCGAAGACAUCCGGGGCGUCAUCAUCAUCUCAGUCCUCACGAGACCUGGAAGGUCCCCAGGAUGCAGCAAGGCUCCAGGAUGCAGAAGGCCCUGAGGAUGCCCCAGAAUCUUCUCAAACCCCAGAAGAAUCUAUAUCUGCAUCAACACCAGCAGAGCUCAAAUAAAUCCUGAUGCAAUACAUAUUUAGGAUAAUUUUUUAAAUGGCUAAAUAUGGCAUGACUAUAUCAUAGCUAUGUUUCUAAGGCUCUUGUUAUAUUUUAUUAAUAUAGACUCUCAUGGAAUAAUUUACCUUGCAGCAGAUUUGACAUUGCUGCAUACGUGGGGCAGGUGUUGUUUUUUGCUUCUCUGGGAUGUUAAAUACAUGGCUAAGCAAGGCCUCUGGUACCCUCUGCCCUGCUGGCCUGGUGACGUCCCAGUGUCUCAGAACCAAUCACUUGCUCCCUGUCAUCAACGAACAUAACCUCCUACUUCGUGAACCACUCUUAGCGGGCAUUGCUACUGCGUUCUUAACUAGAGGAAACUUACAGAACAGGCGUUACACCUUUUCCAUUAUUUGGUAUUGUAAUCUUUAUAGAAAUCAUUUUCCAGUUCGAAAAAAAUGUAAUUCCAGAAUAUGAUGAUAUAUUUAUGUUAAGAAAAAUAUUUUACUUUAUUAUACCAUGAAUUUAUAAACAUUUCAUAUAAAACAUUAUAACAUUUGUUAUUUUUAAAUGUUUGCUAUUUUUUCAUAAACUGAUAUUCAAAAUAUUAUACAUUUAUUAUUUUGCAUAAAACUUUAAGUAAAAAUAUGUUGAGUUUUAAUAUUUAAUUUAGUAGGCUUAACAAAAACUUUUUAAUAGUCAAACUUAAUUACCUUGUUUUAUAAAUUUUAAAUUGUUUAUAUUUAAGUAAUUAGAUUAAAAUGUAGUUCUAUGUUUUAUACAUUUGAUUAAUAAAAUAAUAAUUUUAUAUGAGAAGGUUUUCAAAAAGCCAGAUAAACCCACAGAUAUUUUAGCUUUUUUUCCCAGAAUAAACUUAUCAUGCAUUUGCUUACCUAAAA